UAUAGUAUAUUGUGAUGUUUUUUGUACACGCUUAUCUACAAUAUUCUGAUGUAUGACAGUGGAGACUGUUGUUGCUGCUGCUUUGAUUUUCAAGUUCUUUUAGUUCCAUUUUUAUUAUGCUACAAUAUUGCUCUUGCUAUUGUUGAGUUCCUAUUCUGGGGUUUUGUGAGAUCGGAAACUGUCCAUAGACAACUGCCUGUGGGGCUUUGACAGGUUCAACAAGGACUAAAAUAGGUGCAACAAUAAACUUUGUCACCUUCUACUUGGUUGCAUUGCCUGUACUAGUUGUUAUGGCAUUUUCGGUCAAGGUUGGAUUUAUCGGUCUGUGGUUUGGGCUCGCAGCAGCUCAACCAGCUGGUGUACCUGAUGCAACCAGCUGGUGUACCUGAUAUAGCCUGCUACAGUAUCUGAUAAUAACGCAGAUUGUAAACACUUCUUUAUUGCAAGUAUUAUGUUAACGGUGUGAAAAAAACUAGUCUGCCCCCCUAGAGAUUUUUUUAGUCUUUUUUUGUUUCUUGGUUAAAAAUUUAAUCAAGCCAGGUCGUCGAGCACCUGUCAAAAUUUGAAAAUGUAUGCACAGUCCGCAGCAAACCUCCGUGCCUCUUCCUUUGCCGAGGACCAGUCUCAUAUUAACUAGUUCUACUUACAAGGCUUUUGACUAUGGCUGAGUAUGAGUAGUGCCAGGUGCUUGUAGCUUAACUCUUGCAUAGUUGCAUGCAUAGGGGCUCAUUCAGUUAUCCAUCCUGUUGCAUGGAAACAAACUGUGGUUUGAUAUUUAACUUAAGAAAGGACUUUAAUAACCAAAUUAGGAGAUUCUAUAGCUAUGUUAUUUUAUGUGGAGCUUUUUCCUUUCUGUUACUUUUCAACUAAAUCUAAUAGCAUUUGCUUACUUCUAAUUUUCAAGGGAGAUGAAGCAUCAUUGCAAAAAGCGCUGCAUUUGGUGUACAACCUCAAUCAGGACUGUGUAGAUGUUCUGUUUUAUGCUUCUUGGUGCCAGUUCUCGAGGAACUUCAGACCAAGCUAUUCAACCCUGUCUUCCUUAUAUCCAUCUAUUCCUCAUUUUGCAAUAGAAGAAUCAGCCAUCAGACCAAGGUGUAAACUUGGUGAAUGUCGUAUCCUCUUAUGUGAGCCAGGUUCCAAGCACAGGUUGCAGAAAUUGCAGUUGAAUUUUCCUAGGACCGUAGCUACCAUGGAUGAUCAUCGUGAUAAUGAAAUACAGGGAAUUGAUGGAGCUAGUCAUCCUACGGGGGAAUCACAAGGUACCAACACUAGUAAAAAGACCAAAUUCCGUGGUCCGUCAAAAGGAGUUCAAGCCAAAAAGCCUAUGCAUCUUCAGUAUAAUCAAUAUGGAAUCCCCGAUGGAGAAUGGUCAGGAGAAUACGGGAAGCAAGUUGGGUCUUGUGCUGCUAGAAUUAACAUUAAUGUGAAAGAAUAUUCAACGUUAGAUGAACACACAAAGAAGGGGUUUUGGGAGGAGACCAAGCUUCUGUUCCACAUUAUUGAUGAUCCGGCUAAAAGGAGAGAAAAAUAUUUUCAUAUGUGUGUGGCGAAACGCUUUGGAGCUUUCAAGUCCAGGUUAACGCGGCGUUGGAUAACUAAGAAAGAAAAAAUGCCGAAACAUCAGACAAAUGACAUGCCUUGGGACAUCUACCAUCAAAUCACAGAGGAUGAUUGGAAAACAUUUGUGAUAGAACGAAACAAGCCGGAGAUGUUGGUUCGUAGAGAAAAAGCAAGUAAAAGUGCAUUACAAAACAAGCACCCACAUCGCACAGGCCAAAAGGGUUAUGUUAGAAAGAGACCAGAGUGGAUAAAUGAUGGGCGACUACCGCCAGAGGCAGCUUUAACCCUCUCAAGUGGCUCCUCCUCAGUGACCUCAUCACUCACCACAGCGCCAGAUAGAUUUAAGAAGUUUAGAUCAGUAGAGUGGAUCUUGGCUCAUCAAGUUAAAAACAAAGAGGGAAAGUGGGAAGUUGACCCGAAUGAUAAAGAAGCCGUAAAUAUUGCUAAGAUGGCUUUGGAGUACAUAGAAGAAGAGGGAAAAGGAAAUAUUUCAUUCACCCAGGGAGAAGAUGCCCUCACCAAGGCUAUGGGAAAAAAGGAUCACCGUGGGCGUGUCAAGGCAACAGGUGGAGUUAAUGUCGGUUACAAAGUUGCUUUCGGUCCAAUAGACCGAAGUAGUAGAUGUGGCCAUAUUGAACCAUCACCGGAGGCUAUCGAAUCAAUCAGAGCUUCGGUGAGAAGGGAGUUUGAAGAUCAAUUAGAGAGAAAGGUGGCGGAGGCCCUCCAAAACCAACUAGCCACAUUGAAAGCAACCGGUCAACUACACACCCUCUCUACCCCCGCACUUGAUUCUGCUCUUGUAAGUGAUGAGUUUGAUGUUAACCGUGCACUCGUAACCUGUUGUCCGAGUUCAUCGCAGCAACCACGCGAGCUGAAGGCCAUAACUCCAUGUCGUCUUGCCCUUGAGGAUAAAGUUUUGGGUAACAAAGUGAUAGUGGCAGAUGGUAUGGCGUACCCAUUGGAUGGUUCGUUGCACCAACACUUUAGAUCGAUGAAGCCUAGUCAUUAUAAGGUCCAAGUUGAUUGUAUUUACGACGGACAUGAUGAUGACACUCUUCCGGUACCUACUGGAGAUGGAUUCAAUAACUUAGGCAGGGCUCUUGCUAGUUUUGUGCAAUGGCCAAUUCACUUGGUGAUUUUCGAAGAAGACGAGGAGUACUCUACUCCACGCCCAACAAAGAAGUCCAGGAGUCAGAUUUUUGAAGAGGUGGUUGGUAGCUCCAAAGGGAAGAAAAACGAAUUAAUUGUCAAAGAGAAGACAACAGAAUUAGUUGUCAAAGAUAAGACAACAGAAUUAAUUGUCAAAGAGAAGGCAACACUUGAUUUAGGGUCCAAAGAGAAGACAACACUGAAGUUAACGGCCAAGGGAAAUUCAUGCUCAAAUAAGUUGGAGUCGAAAUCGAAGUCGAAGAACUCUAAGACGGCCAAAGAGAUGGUAGGUAGUUGUGAUCGUAAAACUGAAGAAUCAGCCGCCAAAAGUAAGAAGCAAAAUUUGGCAGACGACACAAUUCAAGGUCUUGGCCCAUCAUGCAAUUAUUUGAAGUUUAUCAUCAAUACGGCGCCCGGUGAUGUAUAUAAAAAUACUUCAAUCCCAUUGCCCGCUUCGGUUUGGCAUUAUGACGAAGAUCGACAAACUUAUGUAAAUGAGGUUGACGUUGAAGAGUUCCUUAGAGGGGCGUGCCUCAACAUUUCAGUGAUCCAAGUCUAUAUGAUGUGUUUAUUCCACGAACACACCUUUGCAUUUGACAACUCUCAGAUUGGGUUUGUUUGUCCCGAGGCAAUGUCAAGCUCUAGAAUCAAGGCCAACCCUCAGGCUGCAUCAAUGUAUUUGAAAGUAGUUUUCAAUGCUGAAAUUGAAAAGGAGAAGAAGGGUGAUCCUAACAUUACCAAGUGGUUUUUGAUCCCAUACCAUCAAGAAAAUCAUUGGAUUUUGUACGUGUUAGACCUACGUAGAGGUUGUGCGUAUAUUUUCGACUCUGCGAUAGGUUCCAACCGAGAAAAUAGUGCAUGGGGAAUCUUGUGUUUGGCAUACCAAGUGUACAAGUUUAAUGAUGGGAUUUGUCCGAAUAGAGCGACUAUGCAGGGGUUGAAAGGCUUCCAUGUAAAGUGUGCUCAACAAGUCGGCGCCCACGAGUGUGGCUAUUACGUUAUGAAGUUCAUGCAUGAAAUAGUCACGUUACACCAUAACACUGAUGAGCGGUUAGACAAUGCUUACACUCCAAGAAAUGCGCCUUAUACCGAUGAGGAAAUAGAUGUGGUUCGUGAGCAAUGGGCUAAGUUUUUUACAACCGAGUAUUUAUUUACUUAGGUUGUUUAGACACAAAGAUGGAAGCGUUUAUAUCUUCAUGGAUUUGGUAAAGUUCUUUAAUUUUUCCAUAAUUACAAGUCUGCUGGAUUUGCUAAUUUAUUGCUUUGAAUACUAAUCUGCUGGUCUUGCUGCUGUUGCAUGUGAAUUCUGAUCUGGUGGUCUUUAG